GAUGAAAGUCGUGUCGAAUCUCAAAGGCAGGUUCCCAGUUAUUGAGUCCGUUCGAAAUCUGAAUCACACACACAACCAUGUCAUCUACCAUAGCAUCAGCUCCUCAACCUCCGGUCCCUCCACCAACGGCGCCCAAGGCGAGCACGUCGUCGUCAGAGAAACCCCUGGCAUCGCUCCUCGCCGGUACUACCGCGGGAGCCAUCGAAGGGUUUGUCACCUACCCUACCGAAUACGCAAAGACGCAAUUGCAGUUUGCUGCAGGAAAGGGGAUAAGCAAGGGUCCCAUCUCGAUCUUGCGAGAGACGAUCGCUUCGAAGGGGAUCACGGGGAUCUAUGCAGGAUGCAGCGCGCUCGUUGUAGGGAAUGCUGUCAAGGCAGGAGUCAGGUUCUUGAGUUACGACCAGUACAAAUCGUUGCUCAGGGAUGAGAACGGCAAGCUGAGCGCACCCCGGAGCUUAUUAGCUGGUCUCGGAGCAGGUCUUACGGAAGCCGUCUUUGCCGUUACACCCUCAGAAACUAUCAAAACCAAGCUGAUCGAGGAUUCGAGACGGCCCCAACCUCGGUAUAAAGGUCUCUUGCACGGCUCGGCGCAGAUCAUCCGGGACGAGGGAAUCGGGGGGAUCUAUCGGGGUCUCUUGCCAGUGGCCAUGAGACAAGGAGCCAAUUCGGCAGUAAGAUUUUCAGCUUAUUCGACCCUAAAGCAGUCGGUACAAGGGUCCGCUAGGCCGGGCCAACAAUUACCUAGCGUGGUCACGUUCGGGAUCGGGGCAAUCGCCGGGAUCAUCACCGUCUAUACUACCAUGCCUCUAGACGUGAUCAAGACCAGGAUGCAAUCCUUAGAAGCGCGAACGCAGUACCGCAAUUCCGCCCACUGCGCUUACCGUAUCUUCACCGAGGAAGGUAUCAGGCGGUUCUGGAAGGGGACCACACCGAGGUUGGCCCGGUUAUCGAUGAGCGGAGGGCUGGUGUUUACUGUUUAUGAAGCGAUCUACCCCAUGCUCGACAAGCUUGUAUAGAGCUGUGGAGCGAGAGGGGCGGUGACCCAGGGAGGCCUCGCGCGCGCUGUAUCUCAUAUAGAUGUAGGAAAGUCACUUUGACCACAGGUACUGGACGAACAUUCUUGCUGCCUGCCGAAAAGCGUGUCUGUUCCGCCGCCGCGCUGG